UAAAGAUACGAAGCUAUUUCCUCUCAGAGGAGUGGCCGCAGCUGGGGCCCUAACAGUUGUGGAAGGCAGAAUUGCCUUCACCCAGGCUGGGAAGUUAUAGAGCCUUACAGGGCAGAGGUGAGCACCUGCCUCAGGUCCUCUGACCUUUCUCGGGCUUUCCAGGGAGGCCAGCUGGUUCUGAGGCAGAAGUUCCUGAGCGUUAAUGAGCUGCAGUGUCUUCAUCUGCAGUGAAAGCUGCCCAGAGGAGAAACGGAGAACCAGCUGCAAGGGCCCUUUAAAUGCCUAAGCCCCACCCCUGAGCCUGCCCUGCCUGCCCUGCCAGGAAGUGAUCCCCUGGGCUGGGUUCCUGAGUUUCCCGGAGUCUGGGAGUCAUUGCAGUCAGCCACACUUCUGGAUGCUGCCCUGGGCACAGCAGUUACCAUGGCAACUGAAGAGUCCGUCAUCCGCAUCCCCCCAUACCACUACAUCCAUGUGCUGGACCAGAACAGCAAUGUGUCCCGUGUGGAGGUUGGGCCAAAGACUUACAUCCGGCAGGACAAUGAGAGGGUCCUGUUUGCCCCCACGCGCAUGGUGACCGUCCCCCCACGCCACUACUGCACAGUGGCCAACCCGGUGACCCGGGAUGCCGAGGGCUCAGUGCUGUUCGAUGUCACAGGGCAAGUACGGCUCCGCCACGCUGACCUGGAGAUCCGGCUGGCCCAGGACCCCUUCCCCCUGUACCCAGGGGAGGUACUAGAAAAGGACAUCACCCCGCUGCAGGUGGUUCUGCCCAACACUGCACUCCAUCUCAAGGCGUUGCUGGAUUUUGAGGAUAGCAAUGGAGACAAGGUAGUCGCAGGAGAUGAGUGGCUAUUUGAAGGACCUGGCACAUAUAUCCCCCAGAAGGAGGUGGAGGUCAUAGAGAUCAUUCAGGCCACGAUCAUCAGGCAGAACCAGGCUCUGCGGCUGAGGGCCCGAAAAGAGUGCCGGGACCGGGACGGCAAGGAGAGGGUGACAGGAGAGGAAUGGCUGGUCCGCUCCGUGGGUGCAUACCUCCCGGCAGUGUUCGAGGAGGUUCUGGAUUUGGUGGACGCGGUGAUCCUCACGGAAAAGACGGCCCUGCACCUCCGCGCUCGGCAGAACUUUCGGGACCUGAGGGGAGUGGCCCGCCGCACUGGGGAGGAGUGGCUGGUGACUGUGCGAGACACGGAGGCCCAUGUGCCAGAUGUCUACGAGGAGGUGCUGGGGGUUGUGCCUAUCACCACCUUGGGCCCCCGCAACUACUGUGUGAUUCUCGACCCAGUUGGGCUGGAUGGCAAGAACCAGCUGGGACAAAAGCUGGUCAUCAAGGGAGAGAAGUCUUUUUUCCUCCAGCCGGGAGAGAGGCUGGAACGAGGCAUCCAGGACGUGUAUGUGCUUUCGGAGCAGCAGGGGCUGCUGCUGAGGGCCCUGCAGGCCCUGGAGGAGGGGGAAGAUGAGGAGAAGGUCUCCCACAAGGCCGGCGACCACUGGCUCAUCCGUGGGCCCCUGGAGUAUGUGCCGUCUGCCAAGGUGGAGGUGGUGGAAGAGCGCCAGGCCAUCCCCCUCGACGAGAAUGAGGGCAUCUACGUGCAGGACAUCAAGACUGGAAGGGUCCGCGCUGUGAUCGGCAGCACCUACAUGCUGACCCAGGACGAGGUCCUGUGGGAGAAGGAGCUGCCUCCCGGGGUCGAGGAGCUGCUGAACAAGGGGCAGGACCCCCUGGCGGACAGGGGGCUGGAGAUGUCCAAGACCCUUCAGCCCUCCGCGCCCCGGAACAAGACCCGCGUGGUCAGCUACCGCGUCCCUCACAACGCUGCGGUGCAGGUGUACGACUACAGAGAGAAGAGAGCGCGCGUGGUGUUUGGGCCGGAGCUGGUGUCUCUGGGUCCCGAGGAGCAGUUCACGGUGCUGUCCCUCUCGGCCGGCCGGCCCAAGCGUCCCCACGCCCGCCGCGCGCUCUGCCUGCUGCUGGGGCCCGACUUCUUCACAGAUGUCAUCACCAUCGAGACCGCAGACCACGCCCGGCUGCAGCUGCAGCUGGCCUACAACUGGCACUUUGAGCUGAGUGACUGGAAGGACCCCCAGGAGACAGCUAAGCUCUUCUCUGUGCCUGACUUCGUGGGAGACGCCUGCAAGGCCAUAGCAUCCCGGGUGCGUGGCGCCGUGGCCUCUGUCACCUUCGACGACUUCCAUAAGAACUCGGCCCGCAUUAUUCGCACUGCUGUCUUUGGCUUUGAGCCUCCGGGAACCAAGGAGCCCAAAGCUGAGGCCCUGCUCCAGCCCCGGGACCGGGCCAUCUUCCCCCAAAACGGACUGGUGGUCAGUAGCGUGGAUGUGCAGUCAGUGGAACCUGUGGACCAGAGGACCCGGGACGCCCUGCAGUGCAGCGUCCAGCUGGCCAUCGAGAUCACCACCAACUCCCAGGAGGCAGCUGCCAAACACGAGGCUCAGAGACUAGAACAAGAGGCCCGAGGCCGGCUUGAGCGGCAGAAGAUCUUGGACCAGUCAGAAGCCGAGAAAGCUCGCAAGGAACUCUUGGAGCUGGAGGCUCUGAGCACUGCUGUGGAGAGCACUGGGACCGCCAAGGCAGAGGCCGAGUCCCGUGCAGAGGCGGCACGCAUCGAGGGACAGGGCUCUGUGCUGCAGGCCAAGCUGAAAGCAGAGGCCUUGGCCAUUGAGACGGAGGCUGAGCUCAAGCGGGUACAGAAAGUGCGAGAGCUAGAACUGGAGUAUGCCCGGGCCCAGCUGGAGCUGGAGGUGAGCAAGGCCCAGCAGCUGGCUGAGGUGGAGGUGAAGAAGUUCCAGCAGAUGACCGAGGCCCUGGGCCCCAGCACCAUCAGGGACCUUGCAGUGGCAGGGCCAGAGUUGCAGGUAAAACUGCUUCAGAGCCUGGGCCUGAAAUCGACCCUCAUCACUGACGGCUCCACUCCUCUCAACCUCUUCAGCACAGCCUUGGGUCUGCUGGGGCUGGGGUCGGAGGCCCAGCCACCAGCCAAAAAGGCGGCCCACGUGCCUGGCUCCGAAGAACACAUGCUUCUCCAGUCCGCUCUUGUCCCUCAAGUUGUUGGAAGCAAACCCAUCGUGCCUUAGCUCCGCACAGUGUGGACAAAUAAAACUUACACUUCUGGGCAUUUAAA